UUGUUAAUACGAAUAAAAGAAAAAAGAGGAAGAAGGUUUUGAUACGGAAGCUAGAGAGAGAGAAUGAAGGCGAUCGUGAUAUCGGAGCCAGGAGCGCCGGAGGUUCUGCAACUCCGUGAAGUGGAAGACCCACAAGUGAAAGACGAUGAGGUUCUCAUCAGAGUUCACGCCACUGCUCUGAAUCGCGCGGAUACACUCCAGAGACUUGGCUCUUACUCUCCACCACCUGGCUCUAGCCCUUACCCUGGUCUCGAGUGUUCCGGUACCAUCGAAUCCGUCAGCAACUCCGUCUCUCGUUGGAAGGUCGGAGACCAGGUGUGUGCUCUUCUCUCUGGAGGAGGUUACGCAGAGAAAGUUGCUGUACCUGUUGGACAAGUCCUUCCAGUCCCCGCUGGUGUCUCUCUGAAAGAUGCAACUGCUUUCCCUGAAGUGGCGUGCACUGUUUGGUCUACUGUUUUCAUGAUGGGCCGUCUCUCCCCUGCUGAAUCCUUCUUGGUUCAUGGAGGUUCAAGUGGGAUUGGGACAUUUGCUAUUCAGAUGGCUAAACAUCAAGGAGUGAGAGUAUUUGUCACAGCAGGAAAUGAGGAAAAGCUAGCUGCUUGCAAAGAGCUCGGUGCGGACGUUUGUAUAAAUUACAAAACCGAGGACUUUGUGGCAAGGGUGAAAGCUGAAACAGAUGGGAAAGGUGUGGAUGUUAUCUUGGACUGCAUAGGAGCGCCGUAUCUGCAGAAAAACCUGGACAGCUUAAACUUCGAUGGGAGGUUAUGUAUUAUCGGUUUAAUGGGAGGAGCCAAUGCAGAGAUAAAACUAAGUAGUCUGCUUCCAAAGCGUCUCACUGUCUUAGGAGCUGCGUUAAGACCAAGAAGCAAGGAGAACAAAGCGGUUGUUGUAGCAGAAGUGGAGAAGACUGUUUGGCCAGCGAUAGAAGCAGGGAAGGUAAAACCAGUGAUUUACAAGUACUUACCGUUGUCGCAGGCAGCAGAAGCUCAUAGCCUGAUGGAGAGUAGUAGCCAUAUUGGUAAGAUUCUGCUUGUUACUUGAUAUUCUCUGCAAAGGGAGAAAGAAAAUGUUCAGAGACACGAAUCAUGGUUGGAAAAUAAAAUAAUCUGGUGGAUUGUGUUCGUAGAUGUACAAGAGUCUGUUCAUUGGCUUUUAUGUAUCUCUGUGUUUGGGACUAUGUAUGUAACUAUGGACCAUAUAUAUCAAUAAGCUGUCUACACUAAAGCGUUAUGUUUACUUCUUUA